AUGACGUACUUUUUGCUGUUUAUAUGCUGUUUUUCGUUACAAGUGUUAGAUGUUUAUAGUGAAGAAAAUAAAUGUUUUAGAAAUGAAAUAUUUGGUGACAGAGAUGGUAAUGUUUAUUAUUGUCCCAAUCCUGAAAAUGAAUAUACAGAAUGCUGUGAGAAAGACCAGGAAUUUACCUGCUGCCAGAAAAAUUCAGAGAAAAAUUUAGGUGAACAGUUGAUGUUAUGGGGAACAAUAGCUGCUGUUGUAUUGUUGAUGAUUAUAAUUGGUGUCUGUGUAAAGAAAGACAUCAAUUGUUGUAAAUCAGAUAGAUGGAUCUUCUAUAAAUUUACUUCAAAAAGUAAAAAAGAACAAUCUAAACCUAUUGUUGGAAUUGAAGACGUUGAUCAAUAUGAACGCAAAGAUCAACAAGGAUAUGCACCAAAUUAUAAACAUAACUCUGGAUUUGUUUAUGACGGAGAAAUGUCAGAUAAACACUAAUUGUUUUCAAGCAAAGAUAUGUUUGCUCUCCGAGUCUAAUUCAAUAUAUAAACCAGUGGAUUUUAUUUUUAGGUAGUUGAAGUAGUAAUCAAUACAAUGUAAGUUUAGUCUGUAAAGUGUCUAUUACUAUUUAUUCUACCUACAAAUACAGUGGACUGGUCGUGUUUAUGUUUUGAAUCGGACCCAGAUGAGCAAAAAAUAUCUGUUCUUUACUUUAUUGGUUCAUUAAUAACUGCGGUUUUUUAAUAUGUAAAAUAACCCCUAAGGAAACUUUGAUAAAUGUAACAAUACGGAUUACACAACUACAACUCGAUUGGAAGCAAGGAUUUGUUUGGCACAGACUACCUUAAAGGAAUACUUCCUCUUAGAAUAAGCAUAAAAUUUAGAUUUGACAAAAAGGAGUAUAGGCCUAUAUGUAUAAUCAGGUUUGAGAAGUUAAAUUUUAUGUGCAUGUAGUAUCUCUUUAAUGAUUGCUUAUUCUGCGCCAUGUUGACAUUCUCAAUGGCAACACGAAAAAUAAACAAAAAGAGCCACUUUUUAAUUUGAUACCAAAUACAGUAGGACAUUAUUUGUUAUUUGCACUUUGCCUUAUAUUUGUUAUUAUUUGUUACUUUGUAUUAUUCGAUGAUUAUUCCGUCCAUUGCAUUGUACUUCGAAUAUAUUUAGAUUUGUGUUUACACGUAAAGUGAAUUCAAUGUGCUGUUAUACACGAAAUAAAUGUUUGAUUUCCACUCAUCUUUACAUUAAAAUUUUAUUUUCA